CGUCUGUGGGGUCCCUGUGCCUCCCCCCACCCGCACUGGCCAGAUGCUCUGCCCCGCCCAGCACUGGGCUUUGUCGGCCUGGGUUUGGGUGGGCAGGGCAGGAGGUCAUCAGGAGUCCAGGGUGGAGCGGCUUAGGAGAGGCAGGAGCAUCAGAGGCAAUAGCACCCCACUGGAGAAGUCGACCCUUACAUAGGGUCGCCUGCCUGGGAUUCCCUGGUCUCUGUGUGUGGUGGUGGUGGUGAUGGUGGUGGUGGGAGAGUGCUGAGUUGCAUCUUUUUGUGACUAUGAGGAUGGAAUCCUGGGUGUGUCUUCUGCCGCCCUUGGUGGGAUGAGCCGGACGCUCAGUGGGCUCCAGACCAGGGUGGACGAGGUCGCGUUUGCUUAGGAGGAGCUGAGCUGUUUACUUCUCAGGAACCGAAGCAGUUCGGGUGCGCACUCCCCCGUCCCUCCCUCCCCCUGUCCCCGAUUCCCAGCCCAGCAGUCGGCACGAUCCGUCCCUCCCUAGCUUUGCCCUUGAACCAAGAGGGGCUAACAGAAAUCAUACCCAGGCCUGGAGUUCCUGUCCAUCUUCCGCCGUGGAACUUACUCCUUCCUACGAACCCUGGUGCAUUUUUUUCCUGGCUCCUUAUCUCCCGUCCUGAAUUCCUGAGGAUGCAAUCCUCUGAGCUCCAUCAUGCUUUCUGCUUUGUCUUUCCGGUUUUCAAAGCGCUUUCUUUCUGCACUCACUUCAGGUUCCAUGGUCCGUCCUACUACUGUUGCUCUUUUCACUGGUCAGCAUGUAAGUUAUUUCUUCUUUUAGUCUUUGGCCAAAGCCUGGAGUGCCUCUGCUGAUAGUUUCUUGGAAAGCCCUAGUGGUCCUUCGUGGAUGCCGAACUGAAGGGUGUAUUCACACCCACCCAGGCUCCUGCAGCAGGCUUGCUGAGCAUCCUUUCAGGGCCUGUGCUGGCCGACUAGAGGACUUCAGCUUGGACCCUGGGAAAUGUGUGUUUACAGUGCACACUGCUUCUAGUGGACUCCUAUGGGCUUUGCUUUUGUCUUAGGGAGAAGUCAGUAGUCUGUGAGUGUGUUCUGUGCCUCUUCACCAGCCCUUCCCACUCUACCUAAUGGGAUGGAGGCUUAAGUUGCUCCACUGCAUAUGUGCCCAGGACCAGGGUGUCUGUUAUCCCCCUCUUAGGGGUCAGGUUUUAGUAGGGGUGCUCUCCUCUUCUCACAGCCCUCCUUUUCAUCUCUAGCCCAACAGGGAUGACUUUUCCUUUAGUCUUGGCUUUGAAAGCAGAUCUACAUGGAGAGUCAAGGUCUAAAGUUCAGGAGCCUACUUCUUCUGCAGCCAUGAGAUGAAAUUCAAACUCAGGCAUGGCUCAGAUCAAUUAACUUUGCUCUAAAAAAAGAAAAGAAAAGAAAACCAACAAACAUCCGAGUCACCUGUUUGUAUGCCCCUGCUUCAGACAUAUGAGGAGCUGAGAGUCCCCAAAAGUGGGAUGAAGUUCACUGAUGGCAAAGCCCCUUUAAUCUCCCAGGCAGAAGGGCCUUGGCUGGUCGUCUUUCUUGGCCCAUCCCAAAAAGGAGAACAGGCCUCAGAGCAGUAAGGCAACAGAAUGCCCCCUGGGGUGGACUGCCCCAUGGAGUUCUGGACCAAAGAGGAGAACCAGAGCGUGGCUGUUGACUUCUUGCUGCCCACAGGGGUCUACCUGAACUUCCCGGUGUCCCGAAAUGCCAACCUCAGCACCAUCAAGCAGGUGCUGUGGCAUCGUGCACAGUAUGAGCCUCUCUUCCACAUGCUCAGUGACCCUGAGGCUUAUGUGUUCACCUGCGUGAACCAGACAGCCGAGCAGCAGGAGUUGGAGGAUGAGCAGAGGAGGUUGUGUGAUAUCCAGCCCUUCCUGCCGGUGCUGCGGCUGGUGGCCCGAGAGGGCGACCGCGUCAAGAAGCUCAUCAACUCCCAGAUCAGCCUCCUCAUUGGCAAAGGUCUCCACGAGUUUGAUUCCCUGCGGGACCCGGAAGUGAAUGACUUCCGCACUAAGAUGCGCCAGUUCUGUGAAGAGGUUGCUGCUCGCCGCCAGCAGCUGGGCUGGGAGGACUGGCUGCAGUAUAGUUUUCCGCCGCAGCUGGAACCCUCAGCAAGGAGCUGGCGGGCCGGCAUCCUGCGCGUCACCAACCGAGCCCUGCUGGUCAAUGUGAAGUUCGCGGGCAGUGGGGAGAGCUUCACCUUCCAGGUAUCCACCAACGACAUGCCCCUGGCACUGAUGGCCAGUGCCCUCCGAAAGAAGGCCACAGUGUUCCGGCAGCCUCUGGUGGAGCAGCCUGAAGACUAUGCACUUCAGGUGAACGGGAGGCAUGAGUACCUCUAUGGCAGCUACCCGCUGUGCCAGUUCCAGUACAUCUGCAGCUGCCUGCACAGCGGACUGACCCCCCACCUGACCAUGGUCCACUCCUCCUCCAUCCUCGCCAUGCGGGAUGAGCAGAGCAACCCUGCCCCCCAAGUCCAGAAACCACGCACCAAACCUCCCCCAAUCCCUGCUAAGAAGCCCUCCUGUGUGUCCCUGUGGUCCCUAGAGCAGCCGUUCUGCAUUGAGCUGAUCGAGGGCAGCAAAGUGAAUGCGGAUGAGCGGAUGAAGCUGGUUGUACAGGCCGGGCUCUUCCAUGGCAAUGAGAUGCUGUGCAAGACAGUGUCCAGCUCAGAGGUGAACGUGUGCUCGGAACCCGUGUGGAAACAGCGGCUGGAGUUCGACAUCAGCGUCUGUGACCUGCCGCGCAUGGCCCGGCUCUGCUUUGCACUCUAUGCUGUUGUGGAGAAGGCUAAGAAGGCCCGCUCUACAAAGAAGAAGUCCAAGAAGGCAGACUGCCCCAUCGCCUGGGCCAACCUCAUGCUCUUCGACUACAAAGACCAGCUCAAGACUGGGGAAUGCCGCCUUUAUAUGUGGCCCUCUGUCCCAGAUGAGAAAGGAGAGCUGCUGAACCCUGCGGGUACAGUGCGUAGCAACCCCAACACAGAGAGUGCUGCGGCCCUGGUCAUCUGCCUGCCUGAGGUGGCCCCCCAUCCCGUGUACUUCCCUGCCCUGGAGAAGAUCCUGGAGCUGGGGCGUCACGGGGAGCGCGGGCGCAUCACAGAGGAGGAGCAGCUGCAGCUGCGGGAGAUCCUGGAGCGCAGGGGGUCUGGGGAGCUGUAUGAACAUGAGAAGGACCUGGUGUGGAAGCUGCGGCAUGAAGUCCAGGAGCGUUUCCCAGAGUCUCUGGCCCGCCUGCUCCUGGUCACCAAGUGGAAUAAACAUGAGGAUGUGGCCCAGCUGUCCCAGAUGCUCUAUUUGCUGUGCUCCUGGCCCGAGCUGCCUGUGCUGAGCGCCCUGGAGCUGCUGGACUUCAGCUUUCCUGACUGCUAUGUGGGCUCCUUCGCCAUCAAGUCCCUGCGGAAGCUGACGGAUGAUGAGCUUUUCCAGUACCUUCUGCAGCUUGUGCAGGUGCUCAAAUACGAGUCCUACCUGGACUGCGAGUUGACCAAAUUCUUGCUGGACCGAGCCCUGGCUAACCGCAAGAUCGGCCAUUUCCUCUUCUGGCACCUCCGCUCUGAGAUGCAUGUACCAUCCGUGGCCCUGCGAUUUGGCCUCAUCAUGGAGGCCUACUGCAGAGGCAGUACCCACCACAUGAAGGUGCUGAUGAAGCAGGGGGAAGCACUGAGCAAGCUGAAGGCACUGAACGACUUUGUGAAGGUGAGCUCUCAGAAGACCACCAAGCCCCAGACCAAGGAGAUGAUGCAUAUGUGCAUGCGCCAGGAGACCUACAUGGAGGCCCUGUCCCACCUGCAGUCUCCGCUGGACCCCAGCACCCUGCUGGAGGAAGUCUGUGUGGAGCAGUGCACCUUCAUGGACUCCAAGAUGAAGCCACUGUGGAUCAUGUACAGCAGCGAGGAGGCGGGCAGUGCUGGCAGCGUGGGCAUCAUCUUUAAGAACGGCGAUGACCUCCGCCAGGACAUGCUGACUCUGCAGAUGAUCCAGCUCAUGGACGUCCUGUGGAAGCAGGAGGGCCUGGACCUGAGGAUGACGCCCUAUGGCUGCCUCCCCACUGGAGACCGCACAGGCCUCAUUGAGGUGGUUCUUCACUCGGACACCAUUGCCAACAUCCAGCUGAACAAGAGCAACAUGGCAGCCACAGCUGCCUUCAACAAGGACGCCCUGCUCAACUGGCUCAAGUCCAAGAACCCUGGGGAGGCCCUGGAUCGAGCCAUCGAGGAAUUCACCCUCUCCUGUGCUGGCUACUGUGUGGCCACGUAUGUGCUGGGCAUUGGUGACCGACAUAGCGACAACAUCAUGAUCCGAGAGAGUGGGCAGCUGUUCCACAUUGAUUUUGGCCACUUUCUGGGGAACUUCAAGACCAAGUUUGGAAUCAACCGGGAGCGAGUCCCCUUCAUCCUCACCUAUGACUUUGUCCACGUGAUCCAGCAGGGGAAGACUAAUAACAAUGAGAAAUUUGAAAGGUUCCGUGGCUACUGUGAACGAGCCUACACCAUCCUGCGGCGCCAUGGGCUGCUCUUCCUCCAUCUCUUUGCCCUGAUGCGUGCUGCAGGUCUGCCUGAGCUUAGCUGCUCCAAAGAUAUCCAGUAUCUCAAGGACUCUCUGGCACUAGGGAAGACGGAGGAAGAGGCACUGAAGCAUUUCCGGGUGAAGUUCAACGAAGCCCUACGGGAGAGCUGGAAAACCAAAGUCAACUGGCUGGCACACAAUGUGUCCAAGGAUAACAGGCAAUAAGGGACCCACUCCUGGUCGCCUCACGGUUCCCUCGGCUCUCAGGCCUAGAGCUAAACAGUCAGUUCUGGGGGCCAGGCAUGCUCAGUGGUCAUCAGAGACCCCAACACCGGCACUGUUCCUCGUGGAGAAGAACCACACAACUGCCUCUUGUUUACACUGGUUAUUUAUUUAUGACUCAAAAUGUUUAAGGAACAGAACAGCCAUAAACGGAACUGUCUUUGUGGAGGGGAGGGGCGGUCCUCGUGAGACACACCCCACCCCACCCCGUCAGCACUGUAAACAGCGCCUUGAGGAUUACACCCCUAGUCUUCCAACCUGUGGAUCUUGGCCCAGCAGACAGUUCCUGGGGCCUUCCUCCCAGGCUCCCCAGCAGCCUGCCUGGAGCAAGCCUGGAAGUCACCUGGUGCCUCCCAUCCAGACAGGACACCUCAGUCCUCAGCUCACCUCCGCCACCUCUGUGUGGCUCACCUUCGGCAACCUCCACCCACCAAGCCUCCAACGGCAGCUCCCGAGGAAGCCAGGGCACCCUCUAGACUCAGGCACACUUGCUCUGCACUGUUGAAGUGACCUCUUGGGUAUGGGGGCACCAUCACCUUUUAUUUCCGGUAAGAAAAUGAUAGCCAAACUAUGUACAGAACUUGACGGCUGGGAAGAAGGACCUGCGCCCCACUAUGUAUGGUUGUCAGGCCUCGAAACACUCAAGAACCAGCGAGCGAUUGAGUCCAGUGUGGUCACUAGUCAAGACCAAGGCAAGCUGGGAUGGAGUCCUCUCUGCAGUGAGUGUGAGCCGUACCCGAAGGCAGCUGUGUGGAAGGGCAGGCUUGAGCUCUCCUGGAGCUGUCCCAUUGAAAGGCAGCUGGGGAGCCAGGUUCUGAAGUUGAGGGCAAGAGCGAAAUGAAAGUAGCCUGGGUGUUUAUCCUUGAAAAGGAAUGGAUCAGAGCGACUCCAGAAAUGCAGGUCUGAGCCUCCUCCCGGGCAUUCCAAAGCCACGCUGGCAGUGGAGCGAGGUACGCUCAGGGAUCUGGGGACACAGCUCAAGGGUACAGCAUGUGCUUACUGUGCUGUCCCGCGCACAUCCUGACGUCGGCUGCCACCUCAGGGCCUGGAUCUCUCGGUAGCAUUCUGAGACUUGAGAACCGUCACUGCUGUGUUGCCAGAAGCCCAGAACACGGCUCCAGGAGGCCAGGCGCCAACUCUCCCGUGUUGACGAGCAGAGGGGCCCGCAGCAGUUUGUACCUCCACAAACCACCUGCUUAGUUCACAGGAGUGCUGGAACCGUCUGCCGCACCACCUCUGAGAUAGGAAGUGUGCGUGCGUGUGUGCAUGUGUGCGUGUGCUUAGUUCACAGGAGUGCUGGAACCGUCUGCCGCACCACCUCUGAGAUAGGAAGUGUGCGUGCGUGUGUGCAUGUGUGCGUGUGCUUAGUUCACAGGAGUGCUGGAACCGUCUGCCCCACCACCUCUGAGAUAGGAAGUGUGCGUGCGUGUGUGUGUGUGUGUGUGUGUGUGUGUGUGUGUGUGUGUGUGUGCGUGCGUGCGCGUGCAUCGUUAUUUAUUGAAGCGAGUCUAGGUGCUCCCUGGUGUGGCUGCAGACUGCACGCGUUCAGCCUUUGAGCUGGGUGUAUGGUCUGGACACCUGGCUAUGAGAAUAUUUUCUAUUUUUUUAAGUCAUUUCAUGUUUGUGUGGGGAAAGUGGGUUUCCUUUCACUGACGUGGGCUGAGACAUUUGUGCAACCUGGAUGUGAUCGGUAAAGACAGGUGAAAAGAAAUAAAAGCCUUUUUAUGUUCUUA